GCGACAGACGGGUGGGUUUGCGUACGACAAUCCGCGUCCGGACGAGCCCAGCGUAAACGAAUAGGACUCGCGAAGGAAUCGAAAGGAAAAGAGAAAACUGGGGGUUGCGACCGUAUGAAAGAAGAUAUCAAGGACUGACGUACGCGCGAUUCUCUCCGGCUGAGUCGGCCACUCGAGACGGAUCUGUCUCGGCGAAGAGUGUGGUGUAUCUUUUUCUUCUAUCUGCCACCACGUGCGUGGUUGUUGCCGGUGAAAUCUGAGACUACGGGUCAUUGCCGACCGUCGGGCUGUCACCGGAGGUCGUCGUCUAGUGCCCUAUAUUUUUUCGCUGCUCAUCGCCCCAGUCUUCGCGGGAAAUUAGUUUCCUCGCACCGGCUUGGAGAGACUGAGACCUUUUGAACAAUGGCGAUGCCAUACGCCUUUCACGGCGUCCUGAUACUGCUUGCGUUAGGAUGUUGUAGCGCUCAGCAGCUGGGAAUCCUAACCAAUCCGCUGGGUUCGCUCACCAACACGGGCUCCCGUCUUAACGUGGUGAACUUGGGCACGCGAGCCUGGGACCAAACGUUCGGAAAGAUUACCAACACUUCGGCAUCGGAUAUCAGCAAGCAGCUGACUGAGAAUGCCAUCCCGGGAGUCCGUCAUCGAGUGAUCACCGAUGUGCCUCUGGGAGGACACGUACUCGCUGAAAUCUUCCAGAAUUCUUCCGGUCAUGUUAUCGACUGCAACCUGCUCGGUGACAAGGUCCUGAUUGAAGGCGUUCUCGUCGUCCUGCCUGAAAGCCUAAUAACGAAGGUGACGCCCGAGGAAAUGGAUCAAUUUCUGGACCUAUGCGGAACGCGGGAGAACUUUGCCAGCAAGCAGAAAUCUGCGUUUGACUACAUCGGCGAUAUAUUCAAGAGUUUGUUCAUAUUCCCAGGCACAAAAUGGUGCGGAGCUGGCGAUGUAGCCAAGAACUACGAUGACCUGGGACCGUCCAGGGCCACCGACGCCUGCUGCCGGGAGCAUGACCACUCCGAGGACAACAUCCCGGCUUUUCAGGCUAAAUACGGCAUUAGAAACACGAACCUCUACACUAUGACUCACUGCAAGGGGGACCGGAUGUUCUACGGCUGCCUUCUGAAUGACAGCAGUAUCGCAUCAGUCACCGUGGGGAAAAUAUUCUUCAACAUUCUGCGGACCAAGUGCUUUGACUACACAUAUCCCAAGAAGUGUGUUCAGAACAAUGCGUUCUACAUCCCUCUAGUAACUGAGAAGUGCAGUGAAUACAGGCUGGAUCCGGCCGAACAGAAACAGUGGCAGACCUUCUCACCCCCCAAUUUCUGGAAGGACUACUUGGCCCGCAAAAAGGAGCAGUCCAACCAGGGCAAACAACCAGUCAGCCCUCCCACUCCGGGACAGGAUGGCGGCACUGUGCCUGUUACCACGGAGGAGCCCGAGGAAGAACCGGAGGAGGAACCCAUUGUGGAUGCCGAACCCGACAACUGGCAGAAGCUGGACCCUGCCGACUACAGCCUCGACGCGACUGAGGAACCCGUGUUCGAAGAGACGACGCCCAAACCGGCAGCUCCGCGUUCGUCAGGAUCGAGGCGUACAGGAUUGAACCUCGGGGGUCUUAACGUUGGGUGAAAGUAUGGACGCACACUGCAGCGUAAUAACUUUGUCACUCUAAGAAAAGUUUGCACUCGUUUGGAGCCUGCAUUGUCUCUAACGAAAGAUCAUAAUCUAUGUUGCCUGUUUUCCCUUUGAUUAUCGCUACCUGUCUAGCCCAUCUUCACCCUAAAUGACUUACGUGUUGUCACCGUCGUGCAAUAUAUCGCCUCGAUUAAAAAUCAAUCGUACGCAGAUUUUUAAAGAAAUGCACAAACAAGCCAGAUGUUGUAUGCAGUUUGGGGACGCUAUACCGCGCAUAUGGUGCAAACUUUCGUUAGAGUGUCAUGUCUUGUUAUUGAUCACUUGGCUCCUAACUACGCAACUAAGCAACUGCAUAAUGGUCCGGCUGCUGUGGGCUAAGAAACUGCCACAUGUCAUCGCUACGAGAGUCACCUGUAAAACAAAAAUAUUCCAAGAUGCGCGUUUAGCUUGAUAGCGGCUGAAUGUAUAUAUUAGUAACGCACUGAAUAAGUGUUAGAUGAUGAAGUCAGAGACGUUUGAAGAAUAAACUUUGAUACAUGAUG